AUGUUCACAUGGCCCGUCGAGAUAUCGUUCGGGAAGUUACAACACUUGCGGCUCACGCUGAGCGGCUCUGAUAGUAUCGCGGACGCUCGCGCACAGCUUCUUCCGACUUCCCAGCAAUUGGUCGAUGUGCUCUUGGCGCUCGAGUCACCCAAGACCAUUGAACUGAACAAUAUCUUUCCGGUGCAAGGGUCGUAUGCCGAGGAAAUUGCAUUGCCAACCUCUCUACUUCAACUCGUUCUGAGUACCAGCCGCGAGGAUCAGGCAUCGUCGUGUGCGCAGCUCUGGUCCCGACUCAUCAUACCACCCAACACAAAUGUCGCCGUGGACAUCCGAAAGGUCGACGAAGGUCAACUGGCCCCAUUACGCGAAGCUUUCACGCGCCCGGUGUCAGGUUUCCAGCGUCAUCCCAGCGAAUUGGUCAUCGCCAAAAGCUCUCUUUUACUGUUAGGUUCGCCAUCACUCGAGGACCCGUCCGCAACAUCACCAAACACCCUAAUCAUGCAAGCCAUUACUACCCUCGAUGUGAGGGAGCUUGGUGACGGACCCAACGCGUUCUUCAAUUUACAUCCCUCCUCUCAAGAAACCUCUUCCUUCCUGCCGCUGCUGGACAUGCACUCUGUCCAAGUGCUGCACUUCACACGAGGCGUAUUGGACUGUCAUGAUGAGAAGAGGUACUGGCUUGAGACGUUUUUGCUCGCGCAGAACGUUCAACGCGUCGUCGUCCCCGUCACCACUUCGUGUAUGUCAUUGCUAUACGCCGUGGCACAGACAAGCGUCACAGCCCCCGGCUCUGAAUCCUGUCAACUAUUCCCCGAUCUUCACACUCUGACCCUUCACCAUACCGAAGAGCGCCCAGCUGCCACUCCGCUACCCGUCUUUGUCAACGUCCUAAUCUACUUGAUCCACGUUCGGCGGCAGUGCGGCCAACCGAUCCGGGCGCUUCAAAUAUCGCGCUCCCAGCAGGGAUUGCCAGUAUGGGAUUCAGUCGUCAAUGAGAGCCUACCGAUAACUUGGUUUUGA